UGUGCAUAGUGCUUUGUAAAUAGUCCCAGAACUGCAAACAUUACCGUGGGCAGGCGAAAUCUUCCCUGGGCAGUGUUCUCUAAGAGCUGCCUUUUUGAGCUGUGGCCCCGUAAUCCCUUGCUUGUUUUGCGACGGAAUUACAUAGAAGGACAGAGAUUAGAUCAUGUGAAUGAAAUCUUGGAUGAUGGUGCUCAGAGGCAGCAAAUAUAUCCUCAAUGUGCGGCUAAUAGGAAAAGUUGCUGUGGCACUUGCGAGUGUGAUGUGCUACUGUGAAUUCCUGCACUAUUAUGUUGUGUUGUUUCAAUGUCAUUGGCCAAAACUUGAUCCUAAGUUAAGUGUCCAAGGCAUUAAGAAUGAUGCAGGCCCAUUACACAUUAUGGUCUUAGCUGACACUCACUUGCUUGGAACAAGAAAUGGCCACUGGUUUGAUAAGCUACGAAGAGAGUGGCAGAUGCAUCGUGCUUUCCAGUCCUCCAUUACUGUCCAUAAUCCAGAUGUGGUCAUAUUUUUAGGUGACUUAUUUGAUGAAGGAAAAUGGUGCAAGCCGAGUGAGUUUGCUGAGUAUGUUCAAAGAUUUCAUGACCUCUUUCGAACUCCUGAAGAAACACAUGUUCUUGUAGCUGUUGGGAAUCACGAUGUUGGUUUCCACUACAGCCUGAAUCCCUACCUGGUGAAUCGCUUUGAAGCCGUUUUUGCCACUGGCCUUGUGGCUCUGAAGCAGAUAAAGGGAGUCACCUUUAUCACCAUUAACAGCAUGGCCUUGGAGGGGGAUGACUGCUUUCUGUGUAAGCCCGCCUCGGAUAAAAUAAAAAUAAUUGGACGACAGCUGAAGUGUGCUGCUGGUAAUAUGGCAGCCUGUCAAUACUGGAAGAGUUCACAAUUGCAACAGUACAGUCAGCCUGUCAUAUUACAACAUUAUCCACUUUACCGUGAAUCAGAUAGCAUUUGUAGUGAGGUGGAUGAAGCACCAGAGGACAUCAAACACUUAUUGUUCCGAGAACGCUGGGAAUGCAUAUCAAAGGAUGCAACAGAAACUCUCUUUGAAGAACUCUCCCCGAGAUUGGUUCUCAGUGGCCACACUCACCAUGGCUGCCAUGUGAAGCAUAACACAAGUAAAGGAACCACAGUUGAUGAAUACACAGUUCCAUCGUUCUCGUGGCGAAACAAAGAAAAUCCUACUUUUUCUAUGUUAACAAUAACUUCCAACAACUUCAGCAUUUACAAAUGCCAGAUGCCAAAAGAAAACACAGUCAUCACUAUCUAUGCUUUUUCUGCUAUACUUCUUGUGCUGUGGAUUGCCGCAAAGAUUGUGAAGACACGUGGGGUUCUUUACACUAAGGUUGAAGGUCACAUUGAUUGACCUUCAGGGGAUGGAGUGCUGGUUUGUCUUCUCUAGGGAAGAGUUGACAUUGGAGGGUGAAUGAUUUUACUUGUUUAUACUUAUAUUUAUUGUUAUUGAUAUUCUUAUCAUUAUUGUUAUUGUUAUUAUUGUUGCUAUUAUUAUUGCUAUCACUAUUACUAUUGGUGAUAUUGUUAUUAUUAUUUGUAAGUAUAUUCAUGUAUUCUGUGAUAAUUUGCAGUCCUUUAUUAGUAUGAUAUAUCUUGUUCAGUAUCAAUCACUAAAUAAUUCUUAAGGUUAGUUGCUUCUUAGGCAGUAUCGAGUAUUAGAUUUUUCAUUUCUUGCCAUAGUCAUGAAAACUUUUCUUGCCAAAGUUGAUGUCAUGUAGCUCUUUUAGGACUUUUUGACAUAAGGCUAUCUCCAUAUCAAUUGAAGAAAAAGAUACUUUCAAUAGUGUUUUUAUCCAUUUCCUUAAUAAAGCACUGUAUUUGAUAUGGCAUUAAAAAUAGUAAAUUAAAUUUUCUAUGCCUGAUUCUCUUAGUUUAUGCUGAUAAAAGGCUUCUAUCUGUAAAACAAAACCUUGACCCAUAUGUCAGAUGGCAAAUAACACGCCAUAUGCAGUUCAGCUUGUUCUAUAUUGUGCACGAACUUCAUUUGUGUUUGGCCCUGUCUGCAAUCAUGAAGAAGUACAGCCUUCCAAAGUAGGCUUAAUAUCUCAUAUCAAUUUCUCUUAUUUAAAAAUUAAAUAUGCUGCAGCCAAAUUUGAAGAUAGUGAGGAAAACAUGUAAUGCUACAGACAAAAUUCUAGAAAGUGGAGAAAAAAAGUUUCAAAGCUUUAUUGGGGUUGCAUCCAGCAUUUGCCUUGGUUUUGGCGUGGGCAAAGGCUGUCAUUGUUAGGUUAAUUUGAGGUGCAUAGAUGUUUUCGAAUAGCUUGGUGGAUUUCUUGAACAGAGGUAGAUUUUUUUUUGAAGGGCAUGCUGAAAUGGAAUGAGAAAGUACUUUGAUGUAUAUUUAUAAAUAUUGUUGAUUUUAUUUAUGGCAUAUUUAUAACUUUUUUGUCUAUCAUUUAUCAUGCUAAGGUAUGAUAAAGAAUACUAAGGCAUUUUUAAAGAUAGUAAAGUGUAAUAAUCACAAAGAAGUAAUAAAAACAAGAACCACACUUAUAAAUGUUAUGGAUAUGCAUUUCUUAUGUUGAUAUUAACUAAAGCAAUGAAGGUUGUGAUUUUAGUAAAAAAGAAAUAUUAUAAUUAGUGAAUAAUAAGAUGAUGCUGUCACCGAAUGUAUUAGUAAAAUAUGUCAAACAGUGAUUGAAUGCUGAAGAUAUUCAUUGCUAUGUACUGUUGCUCUUUAACGGUUACCCCAAACCUUGAUGUGAUUUAUGUUCUUCCACGAUCUGAAUACGAUUUUAUGUGAUACAGA